AUGCAACGUUAUGAUGUGGAAGUCGUUUACAAGCCAGGAAAGCUCAUGUUUUUAGCAGACCAUCUGAGUCGUGCAUACUUGAAAGAAACAAAAGAAGUUUUGGUUCCAGACUUACAGGUUAAUGAAAUUCAUCUGACUGCAUAUUUACCUGUUUCACCAGAGAAAUACAAACAACUCAAAGAGGCUACAGCUACAGAUGAUGAGUUACAGAAGUUACAGGAUAUUGUUCUGUACGGAUGGCCAGACAACAAGGUGGACGUACCAGCUGAGCUACGUUCAUAUUGGACCUUUCGCGAUGAAAUAUCGUGCAUUGAUGGGCUCAUGUACAAAUCUCAUAAACUCGUAGUGCCCAGGUCUAUGAAAAAAGAAAUGUUGGACCUUAUUCACUCUUCUCAUCUUGGUGUAGUGAAAUGUAAGAACAGAGCAAGGGACAUACUGUUCUGGCUAGGCAUGUCACGAGACAUUGAGGACCGAGUCAACUCAUGUGAGAUAUGUGCCAAGCAUAAUAACGCAAACCAUAAGGAGCCAAUGAUCGCGACAGAGUUGCCCAUUAGGCCAUGGUCUAAAAUAGGUGUGGACCUGUUUGACUACAAUAAUGAAUCGUACCUACUGACCGUGGAUUAUUUUUCAAAAUGGCCAGAAAUUGUGAGACUUGAAUCUACUACCGCAAAGUGUGUCAUCAGUCACAUGAAAAGUCAAAUGGCAAAGUAUGGUAUACCUGAUUUAGUAAUCAGUGACAAUGGACCCCAAUUUGCUAGCUUUGAAUUUAAACAGUUCUCACAGCAGUACCAGUUUGAACAUACUACUUCAAGUCCACAUUAUCCACAGUCAAAUGGGCAAGCUGAGAGAACGGUUCAAACCGUCAAACGCUUACUGAAGAAAUCAAAUGACCCAUAUCUGGCCUUAUUAGAAUAUCGGAACUCUAAUAUUGAUGAAGUUGGACUUUCACCAGCUCAAAUGUUCCUUGGAAGAAGAUUGAAAACUACAAUACCGACGUCAUUACCAUUACUCAAGGCUGAAGCAUUUGAUAAGGUGCGGGAACAACUGGUAAAACGCCAGAAAAAACAACAACAAAGUUAUGAUCGACAUGCCAGUGGAGGUCUACAACCACUGAGCCCUGGAGACCAGGUCCUGCUACAACAACAUCCAAAUACAUGUAGAUCUGAAUGGAAACAUGGAACAGUAACUGAGAAACAUAAGACCCCAAGGUCCUAUGUAAUCCGAUCAGGAAAUCGGGCAUACCGGCGAAACCGCAGACAUCUACGACCAACCAGGUCAAAGGCAGACUUGGACCAAGAACCAGCUGACCUUAAUUUACAUUGCUGGCCGCCCAGUAAUCAACCGUCCAAGCAAACUUUGGCUACAAAAACAUCCAUCCAGGAUAGCAAUAUGUCACAGGAAACCCGUCAGGCCGUGCAAAACCAACUUCCACCUACAUCAGUUUUGGAUAGUCCACGCCUAUCCAGUUCUGGAAGGAUUAUCAAAACGCCAGCAAGAUUCAAAGACUUUGUUCAAUAG